CUUUGCAGCACUUCAGUGAGAGCAUCCAGGAGUACUUGGCAAACUUGGAUAAGGCCCCGGACCCCACGGUCAGGAAGGACACCUUCUCAAACGAGAUCUUCAGUGCGUACGAAGUGCUCUUCAACAGCUGGCUGCAGCACCGGGAAGCCAAGCUGAGACUGGCCGUGGUGGAGGCUAUGGGUCCUAUGAGUUACCUGAUGCCCAGUGAAAAGCUGGAGGAGCAGCUCCCUAAGCUGAUUCCAGGCAUCCUUGCCCUCUACAAGAAGCACGCAGAGGCCUUCUACAUAUCCAAGAGCCUCUGCCAGAUCCUGGAAGCUUCUGUCAACAUCGGCGCGCAGCCCCGCAGCCUCGAUGUGCAGCUGGACUCUCUCCUGGGCACCCUGCACCCCCAGAUUUGUGCUCCUGCAGAUCCGUCUGUCCCCCUGACUGUUAAAAAUCACACGGAGGUUCUUCGGUGCUUCACCGUCCUGGCCUGUUCGUUCCCUGAUCGCGUGCUGGCCUUCCUCCUCCCGAAGCUGGAGAGCAGCAACGAGAGGACCCGCGUGGGGACACUCCUGAUCAUGAGGCAGAUCAUCAACAGUGCCCCCUCUCAAAUGGAGAUUAAAAAGCCCUUCAUUCUUUCAUCUAUGAAACUUCCCCUGCAAGACAGCAACAAUAAGGUGAAACGGGCCGUGGUGCAGGUGAUCAGCGCCAUGGCUCACCACGGCUACCUGGAGCAGCCCGGCGGGGAGGCCAUGAUGGAGUUCCUCGUCCGCCAGUGCGCCCUUCCCUCGGAUGCGCAACCCAAAAAGCAGCCACUGGAUGUCGAUGACCUCACUAGUGACAGCGUCCAGAGCAUCAGCGUCAAUACGCUCUUUCUCCUUAGCACGACUGUUGACAGGAUGAACAAUAGCCUCAUGUAUUUGGCCAUGAAGAAGCAAGAAGAGGGAGAAAACGCGUCCCUUAUCCGUUACGACCUGAACGCGAACCUGCCUUCGCCCUAUGCUCUAACGACGAGGCUGCUGGUUGUGUCUUCACAGCCGUACGUAGGAGACUGCCGGGGGAUGGCUGCCCUGCGUCUGCUGAACGUAUUGCAUUGCAGCAUCCACCCCGCGCUGGACCAGCUUUGGAGCAAGAAGGUCCCUCUCCUGGUGGAGCACAUAGAAGAGAACACGGAGAAGUCCCUGUCCCAGAAGGAGUGGGAAGAGAAGCUGCUGCUGAACUUCCUGUAUAAAUGCAUCGGAACGACGCUUGGGGCGUGCGCCAGCAAAGACCUCGUGCAGAAGCAGCUCCAGGAGCUCCUGGAAACAGCCAGAUACCACGAGGAGGCAGAAAGGGAG